CUAAAUUCUCAAUUCUCAUUUUUUUUUCUCUUCUCCUUCUUUCCACCAUAAUCCAAACAUAUUCAUCUGUUACUAUUAUUAUUAUUAUUUAUUGGAGUUAAUUUUUAUAUCUAUUUAAUUGUAAUCAUGGUUGACAAUACUUGAUUUAGUUUUGUUACUUUCUUUAUAAUCCAUUGGAUAAAAAAUUGUCUAAUCAACCGGACAGAGAUUAACCAAAUCAUCGGCUCACCAAUAUUUACCAUCAUGGUUAAUUGUUGACCAUAAGCAAAAGAUAAAGUGAAAUAAACAAACAUUGGAAUACACAAUUUAUUUUAAUUGUCACCAUAUAAAUAUAAAUAAACAACCAAUCAAAGGCUAAAUUGUUUACCUGAUAAUCUGGUUAAUCUUUUAAAACUGUUCAAAUCAAAAUCAACCCAAAAAUUUUCUGGUUACCUUUAUAUUAUAUAUCUGAUUAUAAAUUGUUGUGUUUACAUAUUGCUUGCAAUUAAAUCUGAUAGUUAAUCAUCAACAUUAUCUGUGUUAAUUGUUAAUCACUUUUCUGGUUUAUUAAUUGUAAUCUUUGGCUUAUAACAAUUGAUCAGUUUUGUUGUUGUUGUUAUUAUUGUUCACUUUUCUUCAUCUUAAUCUUCCAGUGGAAUAUUUUUUGAUUGUGAUUAAAUUGAUUAUCUAACGAUCAUUAGAUUAUUAAGAGUAAAGAUACAAGAUCUGAUAUUGGAAACAAAUCACACAAUCAAAUGAUUAACCAAGCUGAUUGUUGACAGUGUGGCAUUUGUGUCAAAUAUCACAGGUCAACAGGAAAUUAAUAUUAACAAAAUUUUUCCCUCAUCACAAACAACUUAACCUUCAUCACCUUCAUCCUCAUCCUCAUCCUCAUCUUCAACUCUGUCUCUCUAUUGUCAUCAACAUAAUCACCUUAAUCCCCAGCAUCAUCAUCAUCAUCAUACUGUUUCCAAGUGAAAAUCAUCAUAAUGAAAUCUCAUCGAAAUGUUUGUUUCCAUUUUCGGCUUAUUUGGUUACCUUUACUCUACAUUUACCUGUUGGCAACCUUAAGUUAUGCUGAUCAUUUACUAGGUAAUCAAGAUUUCGAUGAUUCAGAUGACCAGUCAUUACCUGGACGACGUUGGAGCUUUUAUCGUCAACAUCGUUACGAUAUCAAGAAACCAGGACCAACUUAUUUUUUCCAUGAACCUGAUUCAAAUGAGCUAAAAGAUAUACAAUUGAACAAUGAUUUAGAUCCACUUCGACCUGGUUACACCGAAGGUGUCAUUCAAUGGAUUCCCAUGGAGGAUAAUGCUAAGGAAAACAAUGAGGAUGAAAGAUUUUCCUUUGAUGAUUCAGUUAAUGGUGAUAACUUUAAACUCCAAGAACCUCUGAGAGACUCUGGCACUGAUUUGGGUUCGGUAGAUGAUUUAACGGAAUCCAGGCCACUUUUAAGCCUUCUCGAAGAUGUGGCUCGACUUAUGUCACCACAAUCCUCAUCAACAUCACGUUUUCAAGAGAUGACUUUAAAUAACGGUAAAGAUGAACCUCUCCUUAUGGGAACAAUGGACAAGGAUGAAAAUGAUAAUUUACCGAUUAAUCAAUUUCAAGAUAAUCCAAAUCUUUGGAAUGCUUAUCAAGAUAAUCAACUGGAAAUCAAUGUACCUGUUUAUUUAUCUCAAUUAGCAGCUAAUGAUUAUUUAUCUCCUGUUCAGGAUUCAUCAUCUACAUCAGAUUUUAAUCCUCGACCAAUUUUCUCGGACAAUCUACUCUCAUGGGCUUCAGUACCUGAUGAAUCUGGUUCUAAUCAUCCAAUUGAUCAGCUAACUAAUGAUCAACAGCAACAGAUUCAAUCGGAAUCAUUAAAACAAUUAACCGAUAAUGAAGAUGAUGAUCAAAAAAGUGAUACUAUUGAUAAGAAAUUAGAUAAAAAUUUAAAUGAUGAUAAAGUUAAAAGUUUACCCGAUGAACCACAAGAUGGAGUUGAAAGUUCUGACGAUGAAAAUGUUAAUCAUGAGGAAACUUUAAGUUCAUUACCUUUGGUUCCAACAAAGUUAAUUGUUCCAAAGGAAUUAAAUUUAAUCCAAGAUCGACCUGAUCAUAUGGCUAAGCGAUUCAUCAAAACAAGUUCAUCAUCAGGUUUACCUAAUCUUGAAUCAUCAUCAAGCCAACAAUCAUUAACUGUUUUAACUGUAUCCUUAUGUUUCACUGUGUUUGCUGCUUUAAUUGCUGGAUUGGUUUUAUUUGUAAUCAAACGUAAUCAAAAUUUACGAAAUAAAUUACGUAAUUUAAUUGGUUCCAUCGGUUCAGCUGAAGAAGGUACCGAAGCAGCUUCAGAUUAUGAGGAUCUUUGUCGUCAACGGAUGCAGGUAAAAUCGUAAGAAAUCCGAUAAAGAUGAAGUUAAAUCUCCAAAGGGUAAAGUGACUUCUCUUGGAAGUGGAGUGGUUGGAGUUAUUGGAAGUGGCGGU